GCUCCAGUGAACCGGGAGCACGUUGGCUGCUCCGCCUGCUGCGCUCCGGCAGCUCGGGGCUCGUGUUCGAGGGUUUCAACGGGAUCACCGGGGCCGAUGGAGAGUUCGUGAGCUGUGGUCGGACACGGAUUCCUAACGGGUGCAGGAGGCGAUGUGGGGAGCAGGGUGGAGGCGCGGGGUCCAGCCCUGAGUGGGCGUCCUGCGGCGGGGAGGAGGAGCGCGGCCCCCCUGCGGCCCCCCAACAGCACUCCGGGACGCUCCUACUAAGAUGUCCCUCAGCAGCGGCCCUGCAGGCGGGAAAGGUGUGGACUCCAACGCGGUGGACACGUACGACAGCGGCGAUGAGUGGGAUAUCGGUGUCGGGAAUCUGAUCAUUGACCUGGACGCCGACUUGGAAAAGGACAAACUAGAGAUGUCGAGCAGCAAGGAGGGAGGAGGGGGGAUGCCUGCCCCUCCCGGCGCAGUGGCCGCGCUACCGGACAAUAUCAAGUUCGUGAGUCCCGUGGCCGCCGCGCAGGCUAAAGAGAGCAAAUCAAAAUCCAAGCGCAGCAAAAACUCUAAGGACGGCGUGAAGGCCCCGGUACCGGAUGGGGCCAAGAAGGAUAUUCAGGGUCGUGCCCCCGGGGACCCGCCUCCCCAGAACCCCAACUCCACUUCGCCCAAGGGAACUGAGAAGACUGGUAAACUGUCCCGAACGCUCCCCGUGGUGAAAAAGGACAAGGACGGGACGUCUGGGAAAAUUAAGAAGGAGAAGAUGGAGGGCGUGGCCACAGGGGUGGUCAACUCCGAGAAGGAGCCCGGGGCCCCCGUCCAGCUGCCGGGGGCCCCUCGCAGCAGCCCGUUUGAGGGCCAACAGAGCCCAGAGCUGGCCGGGUCCGAGCAGCUCGGCAACAUGGCGCUGGACUCGACGGGGAUUGGCCAGCCGGUUGCCGUGACAACAGAGCUGGAGGAGGUGGAUGGCGGCGAGAAGAUGGAGUCUCCGGUCUCCACCCCCGCGCCGGGGCCGCCGCCGCUCCACCUCAUCGCCCCCAUCGCCCUCAACAGCGACAUCUCGUCGCCCUGUGAGCAGAUCAUGGUCCGCACGCGCUCCGUGGCGGUGAACACAGCAGACGCCGCGAUGGGGACCGAGCCCGAGUGUCUGGGACCCUGCGAGCCAGGCACCAGUGUCAACCUGGAGGGAAUCGUGUGGCAGGAGACAGAGGACGGCAUGCUGGUUGUGAACGUCACCUGGAGGAACAAGACGUACGUGGGAACUCUGCUGGACUGCACAAGACAUGACUGGGCCCCACCAAGGUUCUGCGAGUCUCCGACCAGCGACGUGGAGAUGCGCAGCGGUCGCGGUCGGGGGAAGAGGAUGCGUCCGAGCAGCAACACACCACUGAACGACAACAGCAACUCCUCGGACAACAAGGGCAGCGGCAGCGGCAAGACGCGAGGAGCUGCCGCCAGCAGCAAGGGGCGGCGCGGCAGCCAGACGACAGGCGGCGGCGCUGAGGAUGCCAAGGCCAGCCCGUCGUCCGCCAAGAGGAAGACUAAACCCGCCUCGGACAUGGAGCCCACCUCCAGCUCCGAGGACACAAAGGCGUCGAAACGCAUGAGAACCAACUCCACCGGUGCGGCGCCGCCCCUGCCCGACCCACUGCCGCCACUGCAGCCAGACCGCACCUGCCCCUCCCCCAUUCUCAUCGACUGCCCCCACCCAAACUGUAACAAGAAGUACAAGCACAUCAACGGGCUGAAGUACCACCAGGCCCGGGCCCACAACGACCACGACAUCCGGUUGGACCAGGACGAAGACAGCGAAUACGGGGACGACUCCGCCCUUCACCCUGACCCCACCUCCUGCAAUGGCGCCGCCAUCUCCCCCGCCCGCUCCACCACGCCUAAAGGACGUGGCUUCGACGCCCCCUCCCCCUCGCCAGGGAAGAAGGGGAAGAAGAAGGCCGGGGAGGCGGAGCCUGAGGGGACAGACGGCGGCGAGGAGGGGGGGUGUUUGACCGAUGAGGCCAGCAACGACGGGAUGGACGACAGGAAGGCCAAGAAGAUGACGGGUGGAGGGAAACCCGAUAAAGGGGCCCAGAAAAGCCUGAAGCCAGGACGCCCUGCGGCCCCCGCUGCCCCUGGGGCCCCUUCGCCCUACGCCCUGCAGGCGUCCUCUCCUGCUCUGGGCUCAGUGGUACAGUCUGUCCCCAAAAGCCCCCAGAUGAAGAACAUCCAACCUAAACCCCCGCCGCUGGUCGACCCCGCCUCCAGCCCCGCCCACGCCAAGGACAAGAAGAAGAAGGACAAGAAGAAGAGGGAGGUAGGGAAGGAGGGUGACAGCCCCAAGUCCACUUGUAAGGGGGGGCGGCCGGAGGAGGGGAGGAGUCCGUACUCAGACUCCUCGGACCCUUUGCUCAACGGCUCUUCAGAAGCUCACCAGAGCCGCCUGGCAAGCAUCAAGGCCGAGGCCGACAAGGUGUACAGCUUCUCGGACAACGCGCCGAGCCCAUCCAUCGGCGCUGCCGGCAGGAUGGAGGUCGGCCUCGGGCCGCCGCUCCACCAGAACGGGGCCGACAACGCGUCCGUCAAAACUGGCAGCCCCGCCUACUCUGACAUCUCUGACGCCGGAGAGGACGGAGAGGGGCGAGUGGACGGGGGGGUGAAGGUCAAGACGGAGCCUGACCAGGGGCCUCGUGAGGGCGGGGCCAAGAAGGCGCUGUUCCCCCCUCAGCCUCCCACCAAGGAGUCACCGUACUACCCCAACUACGACUCCUACUACUCACCCAGUUACCCCAACCCUAGCCCGGGGGCCGCGCCGGCGGCUCCGCCCCACGCAGAGGCCGCUCAGGUGAAGGUGAAGGUGAAAGAGGAGGAGCCGGAGUUGGUGGCGGAGGAGCUCAAACUGAAGGUGGAGCCUCAGGAAGAGAGGAAGGUGGAGCCGGGGCCUCAGCAGCCGUCUGUCAUCCAGCAGCGCUCUAACAUGUACGCCCAGCCGCUGUACUACAACCAGUACUACGUCCCCCCUUACUCCUACUCACCUGACCAGGCCUACCACGCCCACCACGCCCACCUGCUGGCCUCUAACCCCGCCUACCGCCAGCAGUACGAGGAGCAGCGGCGGCAGGUCGACAAGAAGGCAGAGGGCAAAGAGCGGGAGGUCGCCGGGAAGGACGAGUGGAAGCAGAAAGCUUCGGUGCCGCCAACGCUUUCCCGAGCACACAGCCUCACCGAUCUGGGCGGCGCCAAGGGGCCAUCGAACACGGUCAAGUCCAAAGAGCCACCGCCGCCGCCCUCCUCCUCAGAACAGGCCAAGUCGGUCAUCAUGGCGAAGGGAGAGGACACCAAAGCCCCCAACGCCCAGCCCGAGGGUCUGAAGAUGAAGCUGAGUGAAGCAGGGCAUCAUGUGAAGGAGGAGGUCAAGCCGGGGGCGGAGUCCGGACGGCCGACGGGCGUAGAGCCCGCCAUGUGGUACAGACAGGAGCCCGACUCGCGCCUCUGGCCCUACGUUUACCCAAACAAGUACUCUGACGCCCCGAAGCCGCAGGAGGACGAGCGGUGGAAGGACGAGCGGGAGAGGGAGCGGGACAGGAAGGGGAAGGAGGAGCGGCCCCGCACCAAGGAGGUUCUCCAGAAGGAGGAGGUGAAGGAGGGGGGGGCGGAGGGCCGGACGCAGCUGCCCCCAGAGGAGCAUCGAGGGGGGGGGAAGGAGGUGCACCCCCCCCACAUGCAGUUCUCCUCCCCCCUCGCCCAGCACCAGGGCUACAUGCCCUACAUGCACGGACCCUACGCCUACAGCCAGAGCUACGAGCCCACUCACCCCGGCUACAGAGGGAUGCCCCAGGUCAUGAUGCAGAACUACCCCGGCUCGUACCUGCCGGCCGGUUACUCCUUCUCCUCGUACGCGGGGAAGAUGGCGGCGGCAGCGGGGGAGGAGGGGGAGAAGUCCUCCAGGUCCAGUCCCACGGUGAAGCCCCCCUCUGAGGCCAAAGCUCUGGAGCUGCUGCAGCAACACGCCAGUCAGUACAAGAGCAACAAGUCUCCGUCCGUCCAGGACAAGACGCCGCUCGACCGCGAGAGGGAGAGAGAGAGAGAGAGGGAGAGGGAGGGCGAGCGGCCGCGGUCAUCCCCCUCACAACGCAUCCUGCCCCCCCACCAUCACCUGGGAUACCCCCUGCUGUCAGGACAGUACGACCUGUCCUACGCCUCAGGCCUCUCGUCCGCAGCCAUUGUGGCCAGUCAGCAGGCGUCCGCCCCGUCCAUGUACCCUCCUGCACGGAGGUGAGAACGGCUCACCUGAUUGGCUGACCUCUGCCUGCCCGGAGUCAUGUGACUGGAUCACAUGAGGAAACGCAUCAGUUCAAUGGUGUCAGUGUAUGUUUGAUUUCUCUGCCUGGACGUGCAGCCGGCCGCCCUGCCCCUCACCGGACCGGAGGGCUGUGGGCCCAGUUCUGCUGGUUCUGCUGGUGGUUCUGGUUCUGGGCGGCGCCCCUGGUGCCCGGGCGGCGGGCAGAGGACAGAGUGGACCUGGUGGGUGGAGUCACGCUGUGGGGCGGCAGGUUGUUGGAGGAGCAGCUGUUAAGGGGGCGUGGCCACACAGCUCUGGGCGGGGUCACAGGUUAUAUACUUUCAGUGACUCUGACCUCUGACCCUCAGACUUCACCCUGCGUGACCUCUGACAUCUCUCACCCGGAAGUGUCUCAGCUUCACCGGAAAUAAAAAAUAAAAAAUGAAAAAUAAAAAGCACUGUGGACAGAGCGGAGGAGGACGGACCAAUCAGAGGGCAGCGUUGGGACUGAAGCCUCGGGGCCCCUCCCCCUCCUCAGUGUGUAGCUGUACUGUACUCUGUGUAUGUGUGUGUGUGCGUGUGUAAAUACUGUACAGAGGAAUUAUUUUAAAGAGCCUGUUGAUGCUGUUUCUACUCUUCUGUUCGUCUGUAGCCUCUGUUUUUCUACUGUUGUCCAUCUGAUAUUAAACCUGUAGCUGGUGGAACGGC